CGUCAUGGUCAGAGUGGGGCCAGUGUUUGGGGCCAUGUGGUGUGCAGAGUGUCCAGUGGUCAUUCCGGAGUCCAAACAACCCACCCAACCAUGGAGAUGCGAAAACCUGCAGAGGCAUCUAUCGAAAAGCGCGUCGAUGUCAGACUGACCCCUGUGAUGAGUGCGAGUACCAAGGUCAGUCCCACACAGUUGGGGACAGGUGGAGGUCCGACCAUUGCCACUUGUGUCAUUGUUUGCCCAACCUCUCGGUGCAGUGCUCUCCCUACUGCCCGUAUGCUGUUACCGGAUGCCCACAGGGCCAGAGUCUAGUUCCCGGAGAGGGUGACACAUGUUGUUACUGUCAAGCGAGCAAUAAAAGUUCCGCAGUGACACUCAGCCCCUCCCCUGUGACUUCCGAGCCAGGAAAGGACAUCGCUCCCUUGGUGCCCACCUACCCACUCCCCCCUGGCGAGGAGUGCUGGUUUCCUUUGGGCGUUCAGUUUCUACCGGCUUCCAGUUUCCAUGCCUCAUCUCAACAAACCGGUCAUCCCCCUGAGGCAGCUCGCCUUCAUGGCUGGGACCCCCACACAGACCUUCAGGGCUGGAGUCCAGAACCAGAAGAAUAUAAGGAUCUACCACAGCGCAGCCGCGAGGGGCACAGUAGCAACGCACAAAGCCCCUACAUACAGAUUGACCUACUGAAAGAAUACAACAUCACGGGGGUACUUACCCAAGGGGGUGGUGUGUUUGACACAUACGUUUCCAGCUUAUAUCUGCAGUUUAGCCGAGAUGCAAAACUGUGGUACAUCUACAAAGAGCUUGUGACUGACGCGCAGCCCAGAGCUAAGGUUUUUCAUGGUAAUCACAAUGAGGGAGGGGUUGCUGAGAUCAAAUUGGACCGGAUGGUGUCGGCUCAGUUUGUCCGCCUGCUACCACAUGAUUUCCAUAAUGGCAUCUAUCUUCGUCUUGAAAUUAUGGGAUGUGAACAUGGGUAUCGCUGGUCAACCGUACCCACACCGACUUGGACCGUCUCGCCAAUGGGUGGCUGCAGAGAAAAAGAACUCCAGUGCAAAAAUGGACGCUGUGUACCAGCCGGCCCGUCAGGAGUUAUCUGCGAUGGGGUCGAUGAUUGUGGUGACGGCUCGGAUGAGAUGUACUGUGGCACACAGACCUACCCGACAAGUCCUCGGAGCUGUCUGGGUGGUCAGUACUUAUGCCUUCCACCAGGGGGCUGUAUCGACACAGGAAAACGUUGCGAUGGGAUUCCUCACUGUCCCAGAGGAGAUGAUGAAAGUGAAUGUCACCUGCCUGAGAACGUCACGGCGCAGUCUGACAGACCAUACACACCCACCGCUGCCCCGAUCAGAACCCCUUCCAGGAUCCCUGCAAUAUCACCAACAGAUGGUGGCACUGGAUAUCGUGGCAUUUGCUCCUCUGCACUCGGACUGGAGGAUGGAAGCAUUCGUUAUGGUCAGCUGACCUCAUCCUCCUAUCGUGAAAACAACCCCGCUGAUGCCGGUCGAUUGAAUAUCAUUCCCAAUGUUCAAGUUAUGGAGCCUGGAUGGAGCCCCUUGCCUACAGACCUCCAACCGUACUUCCAGGUCGAUUUCCUAGAGCCCACGUGGGUUUCAGGGGUUGUGAUGCAAGGCAGUGAGCGCAUGUGGGGUUACCUCACGAAAUACAGAUUAGCCUUUGCCCUGCAUGGCAGCCUCUUCACCAACUAUACACAGGAUGGCAAGCCCGGUAGUCCUGCUAAGGUGUUCGAAGUACGGAUGGUGGGUCGGACCCCUGUGACCCGCUGGCUCGGUAGGCUUGUCCGGGCUCGCUACCUGCGCAUCAUUCCCGUGGAGUUCAGACACACAUUCAACCUACGUGUUGAGAUCCUCGGCUGCAGAGGAGAUGAGCUAGUGACGCCCAGCAGUGUUACCUCUCCCUCUGGUGGUAGGAAAAUUACACUGAAACACUGUCAACCAGGCCAGUUCGCCUGCCAGCAGAGUGAGCAAUGUGUUCCCAUUGCUGUGGUUUGUGAUGGGCGACUGGACUGCAAGGAUCAUACAGAUGAAAUGAAUUGUGGCAUUCCAGGUUUACAGAACCAAACUAGUCCCACCGGUCGACCAGGCUUCCAUGGUGACAUGACAACAGGUGCGCCAGGCCUCCAAACCACCAAGCCACGAGGUGGUCUGCCCGGUGUGGCUACAGCUGGAGUCACAGGACAACCUGGACUUUGGAAAGCCACCACUACGCAUAUUGAAGUGACUACUGGCCAGCCUGGACUGCACUUCACUCCAUCGCACCAGCCUGGAGUACCUGGCCUACAAACCACAAAGCCUCAGUGGAUCACCACACCCCCCCAUGAUGGGGGCUCGCCCAGAGUGCUUUGCGUGGAAGGCCAGUUUGCAUGCCGCUCAUUUGGCUGUGUCGACUCGGCACGGGUGUGUGACGGCAGGUGGGACUGUUUGGACGGGUCCGAUGAAGAGCGCUGUGGUUCCUUAGUAAGUCCGGUGCCUAGCCAGCGCCCGCCCGUGCCGAGCCCCUGCUCACCCAAGCAGUUCUCCUGUAAUAGCGGCGAAUGCGUUCACCUGGACCGCAAAUGUGAUCUGCAGAAGGACUGUGUGGACGGUUCCGAUGAAAAAGACUGCAUUGAGUGCAUCAUGUCCCAGUGGACCUCAUGGAGUUUGUGCAGCGUGUCCUGCGGUGUGGGCUCGCUCUUUCGACAGAGAGACGUUGUGAGGGAAGCGCUACCUGGAGGAUCCUGCAGUGGGGCCCAAUUUGACAGUCGCGCCUGCUUCCCACGACCGUGCCCAGUCGAUGGUCAUUGGUCAGAGUGGACAGAAUGGUCCGAGUGUGACGUUGAGUGUGGAGGGGGCGUCAGGCAAAGGAGGAGAACCUGUUCUGCGCCUGCCCCGAAAAAUGACGGCAGGGACUGCGAGGGCAUGAGCCAGCAGAGUCAGAGCUGCAACAGUCAACCCUGCACCAAAGACACGGGAACACAGACGGGUUGUGUCAAUGGUAUGGUGCUCGUGUCCGAGGCAGACUGUCUGAGCGGGAGAUUCGAGCCUUGUCCUCCAAUAUGCUCACAUCUUAGCUUCACCAACAACUGCACUGAAGAAUGCAAACCAGGCUGCCGCUGUCCCAAUGGAAUGUACCUACAGGGAGGACAGUGUGUGAGUGCAAGCCAAUGUGUCUGUCACUGGAACGGCCAAAACCUGCAGCCAGGACAAACAAUCAGCAGGGACCAUUGCACUACAUGUAUGUGCCAGGAUGGGCAAGUCAUCUGUAACUCCUCCACUUGCGCUACAACCUGUCAGUGGUCAGCCUGGUCGUCAUGGUCACCGUGCGAUGUCACCUGUGGGCUUGGGCUCCAACAGCGCUUCAGGUCUCCAGUGAAUCAGACAGGAUCCCUCAGAGGACAUCUCUGCCCAGGAGACUCCGCUGAAGUCCAGCGCUGCUCCAUCCCCUGCGACACUGACGAACACGUUGGAAAUUGGAGUAAAUGGACCAGCUGGUCCGAAUGCAGUAAGACAUGUUUCCAUCACGCAGACGAUGUAGGAAUCAGGCAACGAUUCCGAAGCUGCAACCACUCUGACGCUCAGUCGAUCUGUGGUGGAGACAACGCAGAGCAGGAGCCGUGCAACAUCGUACACUGUGCAGUGGAUGGUGGCUGGUCUGCGUGGUCUGCGUGGUCUCUCUGCUCAUCGGAGUGUAAUUCUGGCGUCCAAACACGAGAGCGAUUCUGCACUUCGCCCCCACCGCAACAUGGGGGCAGAAGCUGUCCCGGCCCGCACAUUCAGACAGCAGACUGUAAUGCCCACCCUUGCUCAGGUCUUUGCCCAGAAGGUAUGAUGUACAUGACCGCAGGUGAAUGUGAGGAUCACGGAGGCCCAUGCCCACGAGUCUGUAUGGACAUGACCUCCGCCGAGGUGCAGUGUGCCACUGCCUGUUACGAUGGCUGCUACUGCGCACUGGGCUUGUACUUGCUCAAUGGCAGCUGCGUGCCUUUGUCCCAAUGCCCGUGUUACCAUCGGGGGGAGCAAUACCCGGCUGGGGCAACCCUUCCCAUAGAUGCCUGCAACAACUGCACAUGCACCAAUGGAGAAAUGUCAUGUGGAACGACGUCAUGUCCUGUGGACUGCGGUUGGAGCAGCUGGACUCAGUGGAGCUCCUGCAGUCGAACAUGUGAUGUCGGCGUGAGAAGGCGUUACCGCUCGGGAACCAAUCCCCCACCAGAGUUCGGGGGUCGUCCCUGUGAAGGCUCCAGAGUUGGGGUGGACACAUGCAGCAUUGAGCCAUGUUUUGGUGUCAGAGAACCAUGGAGUGAGUGGUCAGAAUGCUCAGUGACAUGUGGAGGAGGUUACAGGACCAGAACCAGUGGGCCUAUCAGAAUCCACGGCACAGCACAACAGUUCAGUGCCUGUAAUCUGCAGCCAUGUGGGGAUAGCAAAGUGUGUCCGCCGGGGCAGGAAUGGAAACAGUGUGUGACAGGAGCAGUGUCAUGUUCAGACCUGACGAUGGAACUCAGUCGGAACUGCACGCCAGGCUGCCGGUGUCCUACUGGAACUUUCCAGCAGGAUGGCGAAUGCAUCCAGGAGUCUGAUUGUCGGUGCGACGUUGAUGGAGAGCAGCACAAACCAGGAGACAUUAUUUUUUCUGGCUGCAAAAACUGUACGUGUGAAGCAGGAAGACUUGUAAACUGUUCCCAAGCCAGAUGCAAUGCUGAUGGCCAGUGGUCACUGUGGACCCCUUGGGGUCACUGUUCAGUGUCGUGCGGGGCAGGUCUCCUGUCCCGAUAUCGGUUCUGCUCUAGCCCUCAGCGCUCCGGCAAUGGCCUGCCAUGUCUGGGGCCAAACCGUGAGGACAAAGUCUGUGUCACCGCACCGUGUGAUCGUGACGGCGGUUGGGGUUCUUGGAGUAACUGGACGCAGUGUACGAAGUCAUGUGGCGGGGGCGUUCAGAGCCGAAGGAGAUACUGUGACAGUCCCACCCCUGAAGGAGAAGGAAAUUACUGUGAGGGGCUUGGAUCUGAGCUCAAAGCCUGUAACACUGCCCACUGUCCAGUGGCGCCAUGCUCCAAGGUCCCAGGCACGGCAUUCAGUAGUUGUGGACCAUCCUGCCCGCGCUCCUGUGAUGACCUGGCUCAUUGCGAGUGGCUUUGUGAGCCAGGGUGCUACUGUACCGAGGGAAAGGUUUUGUCAGCGAAUGGAACGGUCUGUUUGGAGCACGAAGAAUGCCCCUGCCUUGACCUUACAACUGGACGCCGGCUCGAGCCCGGAAACGUGAUUGCGGCUCCUGAUGGCUGUAACAACUGCACUUGUGAAGGAGGGAAGCUUAACUGCUCGCAAAACCCUUGCCCAGUAUCAGGCAGCUGGUGUGACUGGUCCACGUGGACUCCAUGCUCCAGGACCUGCGGGGCAGAGUCAGUAUCCCGUUACAGAAGCUGUGGCUGUCCGGAACCUAAAGCUGGCGGGCAGCCUUGUCCCGGAGAACAGGAAAUACACAAUGGCGUUGGCGCGCAAAUCCAGAGACAGCCCUGUCCCGUCAUCACCUUCUGUCCAGGCAGGAUUGGCUCUUUUGUUUACUAG